AUGCAACUAGUCAAAAGCAUUGCUUAUGCAAUGGCACAGUACUGGAUGCAUUGCCUUCCCCUACCCCAAUGCAUGAUCAAGAAGGUAGAUGCAAUUUUCCGAAGUUUCAUUUGGAUUGGAAAAGAUACUGGGAGCAGAAAAUGCCCGGUGGCCUGGAAAACUGCUUGCAGUCCAACUACUCAGGGUGGGAUGAACAUCUUAAACCUUCAUACCUGGAACAAUGUACUCCUCUUGAAAUGUCUGUGGAACCUUUGCAACAAAACCGACACACUGUGGGUCAAAUGGAUCCACAUGCACUACUUAAAAGGCAAUGAGGUGAUGACGUAUGUAACCAAAACACAUAACUCGUGGAUCAUAUGGGGCAUCUUGAAACAAAGAGAGUACAUGAACAAGGUCCGGCAUGAAUGGAACCAAGCUAUGACCGAACAAAAAUUUAAAUUCGUAGCCUUUUAUAAGAUACUAAUUGAUAAUGGCACAAGAGUACCUUCGAGAAAACUGAUCAGAUUCAACAAAGGACAACCGCGAGCAGUACAAUGCUUAUGGCAAGCUUGUCAUGGGAAUCUUGCAACCAAAGAAAUAUUGAAACAUUUCGGAAUGAUUGAAGACAACAUAUGCAAUUUGUGCAAAGCUGAAGAAGAAACGAUGAAUCACCUUUUUUCCCACUGUCCAAGAACAAGGCACAUAUGGAAGGAAAUCCUCGAGUGGUUUAACAUUCAACAUGAACCCCAACAAUGGGAGGCAGAACUAAUAUGGAUCACUGAUCUCACAAAGGGGAAGGGCUGGAAAGCUGGUAUUUUGAAGAUGCUAACAGUUGAAAGUGUCUACAGCAUUUGGAAAUAUAGAAAUAGUAUUAUUUUUGAAAACAUUGUAGAGAAUACAAACAUGGUUACAAAAAUCAUAGAUAAUGUGAUUUAUAGAGGAUGGCAAAACAGUAGGAUUAGAAAACACCUUAUUAGUUUUAUGAUGUAA